AGCCACGAACUCGUCGUAGAACCUCCGACCUCACUGCAGGCAGCAACGAAAAGAGGAGAGAGAAAGUGAGUGUUCAAAGUUCCUCCGCAAAUAUCAAGCUAUCGGAAGAGGAGAGGAAGAGAGAGAUACACCCGAUAUUUUGAAAAGAUGAAGGACGAAGGAGAAAAACGGCAACAGAUGAUGGAAAAUCUUUUCGGAGUGAAUUCCGAAGAUGAAGAAGAAGAAGAGGAGGUUGAUUCCGAGCAUGAAUCCAAUCAACACCGCCCUAAUUAUGUAUCCGAUGAAAAUGACGGAGUUGCUGAACAAGAGGUCGAAGCUGAAGCUUAUGUAGAGGGGCAAGGUGAAGCAGAAGGUGAAGCGGAAGGUGAAAGUGAAGGUGAGUAUCGUGAGGAAGAGCCAGAAGUUGGAGAAAGUGAAGGUGAAAGAGAACAAAGUUCUCAAGAAGUUGAAGUAGGCGAGCAACACGAAGAGAGCCAAGCAAGAGAAACAGACAGCGACGAGAAAGAGGACUAUGCCCAAAAAGUAGUAACUAGUAGAAGAAGGGAUUUGGUUGACAGUGGUUCAGAGAGGUCCGAAGAGCAAGAACCCCAUUACAUUGACCCUGAAGAUGAAGAAGUUGGUCAGACUAGAAGCCGAGGCGAAUCUCCUGAAGAGGAGAGAGAUCUGACCCAUGUAGCUCAAUCAACUGCUGAAAUUCGUGAUGUAUUUGGAGACUCUGAUGAAGAAGAGCCAGCUGAUUAUGGUGUUCAGCAUAAUAUGGAACAAAGAUCGCCUGUUGAAGAAGAAGAAAUGUACGAGGAGAAUCUGAGGCCAGAUGAUUUAGUGCGUGAUGAGGAUGCUCAAUAUGGGACAGAAGAGGAAAUUGAAGCUAAGCUUAAGGAGAAACCUGUUGGUCCCCCAAUGGAGUUAGAAAUUCCUUUGCGUCCACCUCCUGCACACCCUGAAAAGAUGAACAUGAUCAGAGUUUCGAAUAUCAUGGGAAUUGAUCCAAAACCAUUUGAUCCAAAGACAUAUGUGGAAGAAGAUGUCUUUGUGACCGACGAAUCUGGUACAAAAAAGCGAAUUCGCUUGGAGAACAACAUUGUGCGUUGGAGAAAUGUGAAAAAGGCAGAUGGAACAAUAUCUCGUGAGAGCAAUGCACGGUUUGUGAGAUGGUCAGAUGGAAGUCUACAGCUACAAAUAGGGAAUGAAGUGCUUGAUAUAUCCAUGCAUGAUGAUCAGCAUGAUAACGCAUACUUAUUCCUUAGACAUGGCAAGGGAAUUCUCCAAUCACAAGGCAAGCUUCUUAAAAAAAUGAGAUUUAUGCCAUCAUCCUUGACAUCAAAUUCUCAUCGUUUAUUGACGGCGCUUGUGGACUCUAGACAUAAAAAGGUCUACAAGGUUAAGAACUGUAUAACUGAUGUUGAUCCUGAGAGGGAGAAGGAGCAGAAAGAAAAGGCUGAAAGUCAGACGAUAAAAGCCAAUUCACUUCUGAGUAGGAAGCGGGAAAGGGUGAAUCGAAAGUACGCAAAACCAUUGGAGAGAGGCCGGCAACUUUCUCCUGGAUUUUUAGAGGAUGCACUUGAAGAGGAUGACGAAGCGAAUUACUAUGAUUCUCGUCGCCCAGCCUCCCGGAAUCGUUUUGAGGAAGAACUGGAGGCAGAAUCUAGAGCUGAAAGGCGCAUUAUUAAUGCAAAGAAGGCCCAAGGACUAAAAGACAUUCCACGGAAAUCGUCUGCUGCUCCAAAACGCCCAGUGGAUUUCUCUGACAGUGAAAGAGACGAGUCAGAAUAUGAAACUGAUGGUGCUGAAGAGGAAAGAUCCCCUGAACGUAGAAUGGAGGAUUCAGAGCCAGAAUGGCAGGAUUCAGAAGAUGAAGAGCAAGAGGCAGCCGUAGCUGCUUCAGAAGAGGAGGCAGAGGAGCCAAAGCAGGUGGUUAAGGAAGCUAGAGGUAGCCUUAAACGUAAGGAGAUAGACUCAGAUGAGGAGUCUCCUCGUAAAAAACCUGCAACACAUCGCCGAAUGACAGUUGUUUAUGAGAGUGAUGAGGAGUGAAGCCUUUCAGAUAUGGCAGGAACCAUAUAUUCAUGUUCUGGACUUCUGGGGGUUUCUGCAUGGUGCUUAUCUUGCAUGGUGCUUAUCUUGAUUGCUGUGUACAAUGCAGUUUCAGUCCUUGGCGAUACUUUGCCUUCAAAACUGUUGUCACCCCAGUGUAACUUAAUUUGUGGAGGAUUGGGAGGUUAUGGAAGGAAGAAAGGGAAUAAUUAGGGUUUUGGAUAUGUUGUUAUUUCUCAUAUAGUAGUGGUAUAAUAAAUACAAAUUUUGGCUACUUGUUCAUAAGGUAUAUAGUUCAUUUGUGUAAAAUUGUGUUGCUAAAGGAUAAAGCUCACAACAUCAUUCGAUUAUGGUCUUAUUUAAUUCACCUAUUUCAUGGUUGUAUUACUUAAGAUAUAGUACAAGACCUUAUAUCUUA